AUGUUCCUCCAAGCUAACGUCUUCAGAUUCUUAACUAGAUCGCCUAGAUCCCUAAGAUCUGCAUCAACAUAUGCGGUGAACGAUGGCUCCCAUCUUGGAGACUCGCUAGCGACAGAGGGCAUCGAAACGGUACCACUAGCCUUCGACAAGCACGAGCCUUCAACCAAUGCCAGUGACAAAUCUCCAUUGAUGUUUCUUCAUGGACUCUUUGGCUCCAAAACCAAUACUAGAACUGUCGCCAAGACGCUUGCUCUGAGGUUAUCCCGCGAUGUAUAUUGUCUCGAUCUUCGGAACUUCGGCCAAUCUCCACACAUCGAAAGACUCGACUAUCCAUCGAUGGCCGCUGAUGUCGAAAGAUUUAUAGAAGAAGCAGAGAUCCCAAAGAAGCCAAUAUUGGUGGGCCAUUCUAUGGGAGCCAAGACGGUGAUGGCAUUAGCAUUGAGAAGGCCGGAUUUACCUGGAAUGAUUGUCUCAGUAGAUAAUGCCCCUGUUUUUAUUCCAAGUACAUCUGGUGGAAAGUUCGGCAAAUAUAUCAAACAGCUUAGAUAUGCUUUGGAAGGUAAAAAGUACACGAACAUCAAGGAUGUCGAUGCUGAGUUGGCCAAGAUUGAGCCAUCGAAGGAGAUCAGACAGUUUCUUUUGACAAAUGUUGAUAGAGGCCAGAGGGACGAUGUCUGCAAAUCCCGAAUUCCGCUAGAUAUCAUCGAUAAAGCAGUUACUGCGGGAAACAUUGCGCUGUGGCCGUAUGACCCCAAUGUGGCUCGCUGGACUAAAGGGCCAGCUCUCUUUAUUCGUGGAACAGAAUCUACAUACGUUCCUGACGAUGUUUUUCAGGACAUAGGCCAAUACUUUCCUCAUUUCGAAGUGAGAGAUGUGAAGGCUGGUCACUGGUUGAUAAGCGAAAACCCCAAGGAAUUCAUGGAUCUUCUAUGCGAGUUCAUCGAGAGGAACGAAGACAUAUAA